GCAAGCAUAAACAAGUCAAUUUAGUUUCAAUUUCAGUUCUUUAUCACCACAACAGGAUGGGUGCAAUAUCCUGUUUGACUCUAAUGUUUUAAAGAAUAGAUCUUUAGGGAGGAACCAGACACAGCAGCAAACCUAAAGGUUCUGAGCCAGGCAGGGUAGCAGAGAAUCGUCCAGCGGCGGCGGCGCAGUCAGGUUACCAUGGCAUCUGGUACCAGUAUGGAGGCUCCUAUCUGUCUAGUGGAAAAUGAGAAUGAAGAGCUGAAGGUGAAUCCCAAAGCAGUAAAGAUCCUUGAGAAGAUUGCUCAGCCUGUGGUGGUGGUGGCCAUUGUAGGACUCUACCGUACAGGAAAGUCCUACCUGAUGAACCGCCUGGCAGGACAGAACCACGGCUUCAGUCUGGGCACUACAGUGAGGUCUGAGACUAAGGGAAUCUGGAUGUGGUGUGUGCCUCACCCCACCAAGCCACAAUUCAAACUCGUGCUUCUGGAUACAGAAGGUCUAGGUGAUGUGGAAAAGGGGGACCCUAAGAAUGACUCAUGGAUCUUCGCCCUGGCCGUGCUUCUAAGCAGCACCUUUGUCUACAACAGCAUGAGCACCAUCAACCACCAGGCCCUGGAGCAGCUGCACUAUGUCACUGAACUGACGGAGCUGAUCAGGGCAAAAUCCACAUCAGGAUCUGAAGAAAUGGAUGACUCCUGUGAGUUCGUGAGUUUCUUUCCAGACUUUGUCUGGACUGUUCGGGAUUUUGUUCUGGAGCUGAAGUUGCAUGGACGUAACAUCACAGCAGAUGAGUACCUGGAGAAUGCCCUGAAGCUGAUUCCAGGCAGGGGUCUCAAAGCUCAAUGUUCUAACAUGCCUAGGGAAUGCAUCAGGCAUUUCUUUCCAAAACGGAAAUGUUUUGUUUUUGAUCGACCUACAAAAGAAAAAGAACUCUUAGUCCAUGUUGAGGAAAUGCCAGAAGACCAGUUGGAUCAAAAUUUCCAAUGGCAAUCGAAAGCAUUCUGCUCUCACAUCUUCUCCAGUGCAAAGGCCAAGACCUUGAAAGAGGGAAUCAUUGUCAAUGGAAACCGACUGGCAACUUUGGUGAUGACCUAUGUAAAUUCCAUCAAUAGUGGAGCAGUUCCUUGUUUGGAGAAUGCAGUGACCACUCUGGCCGAGCAUGAGAACUCUGCAGCUGUGCAGAGGGCGGUUGACCACUACAGUGAACAGAUGGCCCAGCAAGUGAGCCUCCCCACAGACACACUCCAGGAGCUGCUGGAGGGGCACACAGCCUGUGAGAAGGAAGCCCUUGCUGUCUUCAUGGAGCACUCCUUUAAGGACGAUAACCAAGAAUUCCAGAAGAAGUUGGUGGCUGUCAUAGAGGAAAGGAAGGAAGAUUUCAUGCGACGGAAUGAAGCAGCAUCUCUCAGUCACUGCCAGGCUGAGCUGGAGAAGCUGGCAGAACCCCUCAGGGAGAGCAUCUCACGUGGAGCUUUCUCUGUGCCUGGUGGGCACAGCCUCUACUUAGAAGCCAGGAGGAAGGUUGAGCAGGGCUAUGAGAAAGUGCCCAGGAAGGGAGUAAAGGCAAAUCAUGUUCUUCAGAGCUUCCUACAGUCUCAGGUUACCAUAGAGGACUCCAUCUUGCAGUCAGACAAAGCCCUCACUGAUCGACAGAAGGCCAUGGAAGCUGAGCGGGCUCAGAAGGAGGCGGCAGAACAGGAGCAGGAGCUGCUGAGACAGAAACAGAUGGAAAUGCAGCAAGUGAUGGAGGCUCAGGAGAGAAGCUACAAGGAAAACAUGGCCCAACUGCACGAGAAGAUGGAGACUGAGAGGAAGAACCUUCUGAGAGAGCAAGAGGAGAUGCUAGCACACAAGUUGAAGAUCCAAGAAGACAUGCUUAAUGAGGGAUUUAAAAGGAAAUGUGAAGCAAUGGAUUCAGAGAUAAGCCAACUACAAAAAGAGAUUCAAAAAAAUACGAAUCAGAAUAGCUCACUGGAUGCUAAACUCCGUGAAGGGUUUGGAAAUGUGUUACUUGAAGUAUUGCCUGGUGCUGGUAAGGUACUUAGUCUAGGGAUGAAAAUGCUACACAAUCGAAUGAGAAGGGCAAUGAUUUCUUAUUAGAAAACUGUAAAUAUGGCAUCUUUAUUCCUAAGAAUUAUUUUUGAACUCUGUAUCAAUAUUAACUUCAUUUAUUAAGUUUCAAUAACCAAGAACAUUGGUCGCUCUCCACACUCUCUACUCCAGUCCAGCCACAGAGACCCUUUGGUCUACAACGGUGUCCUGACUGCAAAAUAUGCUGGUGCAAUGUUAGCACAAAGUUUGUGGGAGUAACCAACCAAUAUCUGACUUGACGUAAGGUCCGCUCCACAGCAUGAAACCCAUAACUGACACUGCUUGGGUGACCAAGAAUCAGAGACUAGAUAGCUCAGAGAACCUACAGUAAAACCAAGUAUUACUGUUCUAUACCCUCCCAAAGGUAGCAUGACACCUAAUGACAUUCUGCCAUACUCAUAGAUCAGUACCUUGCUCAGCCA